UCUAUCAAUCUCUUCCUACUAAGGAUCACAUAUCAUCUAAAAACUUCACUGCUUUGAGUUAAUUGUUUUCUUAAUGAUGCCUUUUUCCCAUUGCAAAAAAAGUUGUACCUCGAAAACAAAGGUUUUUGUUUCUAGUUUUGUUCUAUUACUAUAUAUAGGUGGUUGUAGUCCUCCUGAAGACCCUAUCAAAUGCUCAACCGAAAACUCAGAUUGCACCAUCACCAACGGCUAUGGAAUAUUCCCUGACCGGGCCACUUGCCGGGUGGCUGAAGCCGUGUACCCGACCUCCGAGGAAGAACUUGUUGCAGUUGUGGCUACUGCAACCAUGAACAACAGAAAGAUGAAGGUAACAACACGUUACUCACACAGUUUCCCGAAAUUGGUAUGCCCUGACGGAGAAGAUGGAAUUCUAAUAAGCACCAAGAACCUCAACAACAUACAUAAUGUCGACACGACGGCGAGAACGAUGACCGUGGACAGUGGCGUUACCCUCCGGCAGCUGAUCAACGAGGCGGCAAAGGUGGAGCUAGCACUGCCCUAUUCACCGUAUUGGUGGGGGAUUACUAUAGGAGGGAUGCUAUCCACUGGUGCGCAUGGUAGUUCAUUAUGGGGCAAAGGCAGUGCAAUCCAUGACUAUGUUGUGGAGCUCCGAAUUAUUACCCCCGGUAGUCCUGAAGACGGGUAUGCUAAGACUCGAACUCUUAGGCUCCGUUUGGUAGGGCUCGAUUUUAAUGCUGCUAAGGUCUCCCUUGGGGUUUAUGGAGUUAUUUCACAGGUGACUUUGAAACUAGAACCUAUGUUCAAGCGGUCCAUCACUUACAUGAAAAAGGCUGAUUCUGAGUUGGGAGAUGAAGCCCUAAUAUUUGGGGAUGAACAUGAGUUUGCAGACCUAUUAUGGUAUCCUAGCCAAAAGGAGGUUGUGUAUCGCAUUGAUGAUCGUGUCCCCCUCAACACACAAGGAGACGGUCUCUACGACUUCACUGCAUUUCGCCCAACACUUUCAGUUACAUUAGCGGUUCUCCGUUCCUUAGAGGAGAAUCAAGAAGCAAGAGGAGAUGCUGAAGGUAAAUGCAUUACUUCAAAACUAACAACAACAGCAUUGUGGACCAAUGCAUUUGGACUCACAAACAAUGGAAUCAUAUUUACCGGCUACCCAGUGGUGGGAUUCCAAAACCGGCUCCAAUCAUCAGGAUCAUGCCUAGACAACGAUGCACUAAUCAUCACAGCAUGCCCAUGGGAUUCAAGACUCAAAGGGGAGUUCUACUACAAAACCGCAUUCACCAUUGGAAUGUCUAAAGUAAAAGCCUUCAUACAAGAUGUACAAAACUUGGUGUCUCUACAACCUGAAUCCUUUUGCGGCAUUGAGCAAUACAAUGGCAUCUUAAUGAGAUAUGUUAAGGCAUCAACCGCGUACCUUGGUAAGGAAGAAGAUGGCAUAGAUUUUGACAUCACUUAUUAUCGAAGCAAGGAUCCACUUACACCACGACUCUUUGAAGAUAUAUACGAAGAGGUCGAACAAAUGGGGAUGUUUAAGUAUGGAGGAUUGCCACAUUGGGGGAAGAAUAGGAACUUGGCAUUUGAAAGUGUGAUUCAGAAGUAUAAGAAUGGGGAAGAGUUUGUAAGAGUUAAGGAGAAGUUUGAUCUACAAGGGUUGUUUUCGAGUGAGUGGACUAAUCAAGUGUUUGGGUUAAAAGAUGGGUUAAGUAUAGUUAAAGACGGCUGUGCCCUUGAAGGUCUAUGCAUUUGCUCGGAAGAUAGUCAUUGUGCUCCUAAUAAGGGAUACUUUUGUCGACCAGGACGAAUAUAUAAGGAAGCAAGGGUUUGUACUGGGUCAUAGUUAAGAGAAAAUAGGCUACUAAAAUGAAGCCUUGAUGGCUCAUUGGGAAAUUAAGCGAGGGCAUGGAAGUGAAAAAGGUGUAACAUUAUAAAAUAAAAUAAAAUAUACUUGUUCGGUUUAUUAUUUUUUUAGUUGUUUCAUUAUGACUGUACAUGUUUCACGACACAAACUUUGACCAUUAAUAACUCUAGUUAACAACAACAGAAAAAGACGGGUUU